AUGUCCAACGACAAAUGCCACCAAGACAAUUACCUAUCACAACUGCAAGUUAACUUCUUCUUCGUCCGAGGCGCAAACCCAACUCCAACUGCAACUUCUCUGCCUGUCCGGCCUGUAACUGUCUCGCCGUCCGCCCUGCAACUCUUCUGCCUGUCCGGCCUGCAACUGUCUCGCCGUCCGCCCUGCAACUCUUCUGCCUGUCCGGCCUGCAACUGUUCUGUCUGUCCGGCCUGCAACCUUCUGCCUGUCCGGUCUGCAACUCUUCUGCCUGUCCGGCCUGCAACUUUCUACUUAUCUCCCUUUCUUAAUAAUCUAACUAAGCUCCCCCUCUGUCUCUUUUCACAAGUACUGUCUAUCUAUCUAUCUAUCUAUCUAUCUAUCUAUCUAUCUAUCUAUCUAUCUAAUAGCUCCAUCGACAUCGAUGAAGUUAACUCCUUUGACAAAUGCGCUUUACAAUGGGAGGGAGUUAACUCCCUUGAUAUUUAG